AUGGAAUCGAUCCCAACCAUUGUAGAGGUAUCAAGCCCUAAUACGUAUGAUCUUCUCAAGUCUAUUUCGGGAUUGAAAGUGGAGCCGGUUGAAAAUGUUACGUCGAAAUUCUUCCCCAAUCUAGCUGGGACGAAGUAUAGACAAUUAAGACUGGGGUUCCAGGAGGUUGUGGUCUGUGGCCUUUUACGAGAUGGGAAAGUAAAUUUCCACCCAAAUGAUAACGAAGAGCUCAUGGAAACCGACAAACUAUUGUUUAUCGCACCUCUGAAUUGGAAAAAGAAGCAACUAUUAUAUGCAGACAUGAAACUUGAGAACAUUACAGUUGCGACUGAUACUCGGAAGCAAGUGUUUGAGAAAAAAAGAUCACGGCUAGCAAAAAUUAUAAUGCGUCCUCGUAAGUCCUUAUCAAAGGGAUCAGAUUCCAUCAAAGGACCCACAGAAUCUAUACUUUUACUUGGUUGGCGUGGAGACGUUGUGCAAAUGAUCGAGGAGUUUGAUAACUAUCUUGGUCCAGGCAGUUCAAUGGAAAUAUUAUCGGAUGUACCGUUAGAGGACAGAAGAAGAGUGGGAGAUAGUAUGGGUUCAGUGAAAAUUAAGAACAUCCAAGUUUCACAUAAGGUACAUAAUCUAGCCUCUGAAAUCGUUGACUCAAAACUUGGCAAGCAGAUAACAGGACUCAAGCCAUCGUUAACUUUCAUAGCGGCAGAGGAAGUUAUGAGCCUUGUAACAGCACAAGUUGCUGAGAACAGCGAACUGAACGAGGUGUGGAAGGACAUUCUAGACGCAGAUGGUGAUGAGAUAUACGUAAAGGACAUUGAGCUGUACAUGAAAGAGGGCGAGAGCCCUUCAUUCACUGAGCUCUCAGAGCGAGCUUGGCUAAGGAGAGAAGUCGCCAUAGGCUACAUAAAAGGCGGUAAAAAGAUAAUCAAUCCGGUUCCAAAGACAGAACCUCUCUCCCUUGAAAAGAAUGACUCAUUGAUUGUUAUAUCAGAGCUUGAAGGAGACCAACCCAUCGCACUAUGA